GUCCACGUAAGAUCCAGCACUUGUCGAAAGGUCGCGCGGAAUAUGGCCGACGAAGCGCCAGCACCGUCGCCGCCGUCGACGCCGCCGCCCAUGGGCACGUUUACGAUUGCGCUUGGCCAACUCGUGCUGCAGGGCGACGCGCCGCCCGCCGAGAGUGACGCGCCGCCGUCCUUCUGGUGCGCGGUUAGCGUGCGCAGCGGCAAAGACCUCAACACAACGUGGUGGUACCCGGCCAGUGACGAGCACAAGCGCAAGGUCGCGACCAACGUGCUGCAGCUCUCGCCAGCUUCGGACAGCGAGCCGCCGGUAUUCGGCUUUGCGCAGGCCUCGCGUCCGUUCGAGCUCACCGACGAGGGCCUCGUCCCGGCGCUCGCCAAGGCGAGCGUGCACGUAGAGCUCUACAGCGGCUACACGCGCGAGCGAGACACGGACGUGCUGCUCGGCGCGGCCACAUAUGCCUUCUUGCCGUGUCUUUUUGUCGGCGUCCCGUCGACGAGUCGCCUUGCCUUUCCGACGGCGUCGGUCGAGUGCACGUUGGCCUUUGACAUGAGCUUUGUCUCGUACUUUCAUCACAUCAAGGUGCUGGCCAUCGCGUCCGUGCAGGUCCACCGCCUCCCGACCGAGUGGCGACCGGUCCUCAAGGACGGCGACGAUCCGCAAAAGCUCUGCGACGAAAAUACCACCAAGUGCUCCGUCGCGUUGAAGCUGCCCGUUGCACUGUCGUCUGCCAUGGCCGAGAUGACGUUUGUGCUGGACGGCCGGCUCAGCUACGACGCGACCGCGACGGACCCGGACGCCGCAUGGCUUGUGCGCUUCCCGCUCGAGAGCCCGCUCAUCAUGCCACUGGACAAGGAAGGCACGGACGCACUCGUGGACGCGAUCGAGUCUGGGCGCCUUGUCACGAUGAGUCUCACGCGGACGCUUGGCACUGACGUAUGGCAGGCGACCGCGCAGUUUGCACUGGACGCCUUUCUGACGCCGGGCACGGCGAGCAUCACGCUUUGCGAGCCGCUGCGCAAAGGCACGGCGCCGGCGCGGGAAACGCUCGAAGAAGCGCUGGCCAAAGCAGCCAACAACGACGAGAAGAAGAAAGCGCAAGCGGCACUCAACGACUAUGAGAACUUAUUGACGCGCAUCGCAGGCCACGCGGCCAUCUACGUCAGCGCCGGGUCGGCGGCCUCGCUCGAGGCAACCGUGUACCCACACGCUCUCGUGCCGCUACCGCCAGUGCCGCUACCGCCGACCAAGUCGAUGGCCGAGUACAUUCCGCCGCGGCCGCCGCUGCCGGCGUAUCAAACCCACGAAGCAACGGCGACGAUGCGCAAGGAAGUGCGCAAGAUUCUGGCGGUUCUCAUGAAGGAGUACGAUGGCCUCUUUGCGUUGCCCGACGACUCGGACGAGUACGCGCUCUCCAAGGAAGACCGGCGCCACAAGCUGCUCUUCCAUCUCAACGCCAACGGCAUUUACUUUGAGUUUAAAGAAAAACUCAAAAAGGCGCUCGUGCUCGUGAUCCGCGAGCGCUACCCCGCGAUCGUCGCCGCGUUCCCGUCCCACGCUGACCCGUUGGGCGCUGCGGAGAAUGGCGUGCGCCAAGCCAAGACGACCUUUUACGCCGAGCUCUACGCGUACCUCAUGGAGGAGGUGCAUGUGGUCCUGAACCAUGUUUUCUGCGCGGCGCAAAGCGAAGAGAGCACGAUGAACCUCCUCGAAGCGACGACCAGCGUGACGCCCGACGUCGUCCGCGCCCAGCUCCAGUCGCUCGCCCGCCUCGCCUGGGAGAACGAGGUCAACGGCCACCUCCCCAAGGCCGUGACCUGUCACAUGGACCGCAUCGCGCUCUCCGCCAAGCACGCAGCAGGUCUGGGCGGGUACCAAGCCGACAUUUGGAUGGAUUUGGCGCUCUUCCACCUACGCACGGGCUCGUACGACAAAGCCGCCGACUGCCUCCGGGAUUGCAUCGCCACCGACCAGCAGCACAUUGGUGCUGUCCAGGCCUACGGCGCGCUCUUGUGUUCGUAUCGCGACUUUGACGGCGCCGACAUUGUGCUCAAGAACGGCCUCUUGCUGCUGCAAGACGAUAGCCAUGCGCCACCGGCCAUCCGCGCGCGCAGCCAUGCGCUUCUCGCGAUCUACUACACCACAUCGGGCAUGGACGGCACCGGAAAUCUGCGUCUCCACGAGCUCAUGCAAGCGCUCUCGACGCAAAAGUCGGCGGCCUUUGCCACCCCGACCGCUGUUUGCAUCGACAUUGCAGCGUAUCUGAGUGAACUGCGACUUGACGACCUCGCGCGGGUCGCCCUCGAGCUCGGCGCCGCGCUGCGCAAGCCCAAGACGGUGUACACGAGCCUCAUGUGGUCCACCGAGCGCUUUGUACAGGCAUCCACCCAGCUUCACAACGGCGACCUGGACGGCGCGCGGGCCAGUUUGCAAGAGGCGGUCGCCAAAGACGCGACGCUCGCCGAUGCGUGGUACCUGCAAGGCGUCGUGUGCAGCCGGCAGUCGCAACUUCGCGACGCUAUCACGUGUUUUGAGUACGCGGUCGCGCACGUGACGCACCUCCGUCACGAGUACCAUUUGCCUCUGUUUCUCCAACUCGGGGCGCUGUACAUGCACCACCAGCAAUGGACGGACGCCAAGAGCAUCUUCUUGACGUCGGUGGACGAGGCUUCGAACGCGUCGUCGUGGCUCGGUGUCGGUGUCGUGUGCGUGCGCCAGGAAGACUGGGAAGGCGCGGAGAUGGCUUUGGCCGAGGCCAACAUCCUCGACAACACCAACGCCGACGUCUGGGGCUACCUCUCGCUUGUGUGCCUCCACGGCCCGACCCCUCGCCCGUUGCAAGCCGAGCAAGCCUUGCAGCAAGCGUUGCGCUACAACCUCGGCAACCCGACGCUGCUGCGUGAAAUCAGCAACGGGUUUGUGGCGCUCGACAAGCUCGAGAUCGCUGAGAGCCUCCUCCGGCGGUCACUGCGUGCGCAAGACUCGUCGUUGACGCGCAAGACGUUGGCGGACGUGCUCUCAGCGCAAAAUUGCGCCGAGACUGCGCUCGUUGAGUACCAACAGGCGCUGUCGAGCUGCGAGAGCAUGGAAGCGCGCGCCGACCUGCUCUCGCGCUGCGUGGCCUUGUUGGAGACGCUGGGGCGCAAGGAGGAGGCGCUUGAGUACAAGGCGAUGGCGUCGCGCCAGCAAGAAGGCGCGGUCUCAGAAGGCGCGCUCCUCCAGUCGCCACCGCGCGACGAUGAGAGUGGCGCCGGACCGGAAGAUGCCUAGAGAUAUCAAGUGCCAAUGUACAACUUGUCUAUAAACACCACACAAAAAGAGUCUGCCGACACGGCUACGAUGUGGUCCAUCGUCUUCCUGGA